AAGCAAUGUGUUGGCCACAUAUCUCAACAAUCAGGAAACGACGGAGUUUCCAUGCGGAAGUCCAUCGUAGGUCUUUGAUUAUUUCCCAACUGUCACCAUUGUCAGCCCUCCGACGACUCUUGAUAUCGAAUGAAAAAGAGCUUACCUCCAGCAGCGUACACUGUUGCCGCUCCAUCCACCGGCAUGCAUAUACCACUGACAAAUGCUGCAUCCUCAGAACAGAGGUAAACAGCAGCGUUGGCCACAUAUCCCAAAGAACUGUUCUGUUUGAGGGCCUCUCCUCGAGGGAAUGACGCCUCGAACUUGCUUCGGUUCUCCGGCGUAUCGUCGACGCCCAUGAAAGCUUGUGCCCUGGAAAAAGUCAGCAUUGGUGAUGCAGUCUGGGGCAGGAUGCUGGAAAUCUCAUACAGUGCCGCCGUACCAUACCUACAGUGUUGGGUCAGCAUUUGUGCGUCAAUGAAGUUGAUGUCUAUUACCAGUCCGUUCUUGACUCGGAUGCCUCCGACCGAACUUAUGUUAAGAAUCAUACCAGCCUUUUGCUCCAUGAAAUAUGGCACCACGACAGCCACGCUCAGGAAGAUGGAUUUCAUGUUGACGUUUAUGACCUUGUCGUACUCUUCCUCCGUUACUGUGUGCGAAGCCUUCUUUGGAUAUGUGGUGCCAGCAUUGUUCACCACGACGUCCACCUUGCCGAAUUGUUUCAAAGAGGCUUCGAGCAGCUUCUCCCACGAAGCCUGACUGGUGACAUUUGUCUCCUGGAAGAAUGCUGUUUUGGCACCAUAAGAGGCAUUGAUUUCGCCCUCGACUUUUGCCCCUGUGGUGCGAUUGAUGUCUGCAAUCACAACCUUGGCCCCCUCCUCAGCGAAUCGCUUGGCCAUGGCCUCGCCAAAGCCGUGACCUCCUCCGGUCACAAUGCAUACUUUGUUCUUUAGCUUUGCAGACAUCUCGCUUACUGUUUGUUUUAGUGUGCUCCUACCAAGGACAAGGGUUUAUCUUCCAGCUCGAGCCUUGUGAAGAAGCCUAGAUUUGAUACUUUCACGAAAUGACAACUACAUCACUAUCUCCAACUCAGCUUCCCCAACUUUCUCUGGGGGGUUCCGAUCGGUCAACGACUGCCGAAACUACAACAAUGUACCUGAAAUCAAAGACCCUAUUCUGACCUGCAAAGCCUUUGAAAGGAGACUGAGGGGUACAAAGUUACACUUGGCGUUGUUGCCCGAGGUACUCGUUCUCACAUGGUUGCGGCUAUCAUGCGGAGAAGUCCCAGAUGCACGCACAAUACCACGGAAUACCACGAAGUACAUGACAAUAUCCAAAUAAGGCUAGCAAAAGUUGGGGACAAAACGUGUUUCUACCACGCAUCACACACGGAGUAUCGCCGACUCCUUACGUCCACGCUUUUACACAAGGCAAUCAUCCCCGGAUUGAACCACAUUAUCUCGCCACUGCGCGCUUUAUCUUAAGUAUGCAUAAGAUGAGAAUGCUCGUGGACCAUUGGGGAAAUUGGGGUCUGGGGCCCCGUAGACGGAAAUUGAUCUCCAGAGCCGAAAAUCCAUACGAAACAGGGACAUCCCCCAAAUGCUGAAAGCAAUGAUAUAGUCCCCUCGGCAAGCCAAAAAGCUGGUAUCAGGCUUCCAAGAUCUUCAUCGACAUAGACUCCUUUUGUACAUCUCGACCUACGCCUUUUUACAACAUUCGCAUCGAAGCAUUUGGGCUUCAUUGCCUGCCAUGGCCGGAGGAACCAAAUACAACUUCCUGAUCGUCUUCUUUGUCGCCCUCGGGAGUUUUACCUAUGGCUUCAACUCUGCUAUUAUGGGCCUCGUCAUCGGUCUUCCCGCCUUCUUUGCGUAUUUCAAUAUCAACCUAGAAAAUACAGAGGGCAACCAAAUUACUGGAGCCACCAAUGGGCUGUAUUCAGGAGGAGGCAUCUUGGGCUGUCUCUUUGUGCCCUGGCUUCUAGACCGCCUGGGUCGACGUCGGACCAUCCAGAUUGCAGCAGCAGUGGCUAUUAUAUCUGCGGCAUUGCAGGGCGGCAGUGUACACAUUGCUAUGUUUCUGAUCGCACGUUUUCUCAACGGUUUUGCUGUUGGAAUGCUUGACACUUCUAUUCCCGUCUUCCAAUCCGAAAUUUCCCCAGCACAUCAAAGAGGCCGCAUGGUUGGUGCCCAUGGUGUUCUGAUCGUCAUCGGCUACUCUGCAGCUGGCUUCGCCGGGUUUGGCACAUACUUCGCAGCCCCUACUGUCAGUUGGAGGCUGUGUCUCAGUCUUCAGAUUGUCGCACCACUUCUCUUGUUCAUUGGCUCUCCAUGGGUUCCCGAGAGUCCGCGAUGGCUCAUUGACAAGGGCCGCCACGACGCGGGAUACCAGGUCCUUCGCAAGUUACACACACGUCCUGACGACCCUGAAGAGAUUGUUGCGCGAGAGGAAUUCCUCCAGAUUCGACGACAGAUUGAACUUGAACGCUCCGACAAUCUGAACAAGAGCUGGGGCACCAUGUUCCGCAAACCCAGCAUGCGAAAGAGGCUGAUUCUUGGAUUUGGAACACAAUUUAUCGCUCAAAGUACUGGUGUGUUGGUUGUCAACAACUACCAGAUCUUACUGUACAAAUCCCUCGGCAUCACAGGCUCAUUGCCUUUGCUUUUGAAUGCACUCUACAAUGGUCUCGCGGCGUUCAUGAACUUUGUCAACUCAUUGUUCCUUGAUCGCUUAGGCCGCAUCCGCAUCAUGCUGAUAGGUCUCACCGGCUGUGCGUGCUCUCUCAUCUGCUUCACCGCCAUGGUCGCCACGUUCGGAGGCACCACGAACCGUGUCGGCAACGGGUUCGGCGUCUUCUUCCUGUUCCUCUUCGUCUUCUUCUACGGGGGCACCAUGGACGCCACGAGCUACGUCUACUGCUCCGAGAUCUUCCCGACGCCCCUGCGCGCCCAAGGCACGGGGUUCUCGGUGGCGGGCCUGUUCACCGCCACGCUCAUCUACACGCAGACCGCUCCCGUCGCGUUCGUCGAGGUCGGCUGGCGCUUCUACAUCCUGUUCAUCCUGUUGCCCCUGAUCGGGGCCGGCUUGAUGUGGAAGUUCUUCCCCGAGACCAAGCUCCUCACCCUCGAGGAAAUCUCGAGGCUGUUCGGGGACGAGGUCGCCCUGGACAUCAACCAGCUCAGCGCCGACGAGAAGCUGGCCCUGGACCGCGAGGUGGCCAAGGGGGGCGGCGAGGCGGUCACGUCCGUCACGAGCCCCGUCAAGAGCAGCGAGGGUGGCUCUCAAGAGGACCGUAUCGAGAAUGUCUAAUCCUCCCUCACACACACACACACCCGUGGAGGUUGCAUGUGUAUGCUGAACACACAAGAACGAGGUGGGCGGGCUAGUUUUGUGCCUCUUAGACCACUACAUUCCUUUUUCCAAGCCCCAAAAAGUAAACAAGAAGUGAUGUCGGGAUCAAAGAAUAGGGCUGGGCUGGCUUUGGUCUUUUUUCUUUCUUG